GUGACUGGUUCAUCAGCUCAUGUUGUUCACUGAACCCUGCUACAUGAUGAGAUUUCUAGUCGUGUUAGUUUUUGUUGAAGUCAUCAGAGUCGGCUGUUUUUCAACAGUCAGGAACAAUCUUGGAGCUCAAAAUGUGGAAGAAAGGUCUGCGCAGUUCACAAAGGAUGAUAAGGGUGACAAACGCCAUUUUUACCGAUACCUGGACGUUAAUCAAGAUGGCAUACUGGAAAGAAAAGAGUACAUCGACUUUGUAAUCCAGAGAGCAAAACUCCACUUAGACGCCGAGAGACAAUCUGAACUAGACGAUAUCAUGAAUGAAGCUUGGUUGGAUUUCUUGUCCAACGAAGGAAAUAGCUUUCCUGAGUCGGUCAAACUAAACCCGGGCGAUACAGAAGAACACCUUACACCUAGAAAACGUCGGCAACAUAGAAUUUUCAUCAGAGCGCUUUUCGUUAUUUUUGACUCUGACGCAGACGAGAAGUUGGACAACCAAGAGCUGGUGCGUUUCUUUGAAGUUUUCCAAGUCCCGGUGGCUGAACUUGGUCUGUCCUUUGACCACAUUGACACAAACCAAAACGGCGGGAUUGACAAGAGCGAGUUUCUUGAACUGGCGGAUUAUGCCAGUUUUCUGGGGUGCGGCAGGCGUGGCGGCGUUCUUUAAGUAUCGUUAUCGA